AUACUGGAAACUAUGAGUGAAACUGUUGCCGAGGGUGUUGAGGCUUUGACACUUAACAGUGCAAAGGAGGCCGAUGAGCAGGUGGUGACUGGUGUAGAGGUAACAGUAGGUGAUGAUCAAAAUGAUGUUGUGGAUCCAUGGAAUGUUACCAGUACCAGCGAUACUGGUAUUGAUUAUGACAAAUUGAUUAAGCGCUUUGGUUCAUCCAGAAUCGAUGACGAAUUGAUAGCACGCAUUGAAAAGAUAACCGGCAAGCCAGCACAUCAUUUAAUCCGACGUGGAAUUUUCUUUUCUCAUCGUGAACUUAAUACAAUUUUGACAUUAAAGGAACAAGGCAAACCAUUCUAUUUGUAUACGGGUCGUGGACCAAGUUCUGAAUCAUUGCAUUUGGGCCAUUUGAUACCAUUCAUUAUGACAAAAUAUCUGCAAGAAGCAUUCGAUGUGCCUUUGGUUAUACAAAUGUCCGAUGAUGAAAAAACAUUGUGGAAAGAUUUGAAAGUUGAAGAUGCUAUUAAAUUGGCUCAUGAGAAUGCCAAGGAUAUUAUCGCCAUGGGAUUUGAUGUCGAGAAAACGUUUAUUUUUAACAAUUUAACUUUUAUGGGUCAGUGUCCAGCAUUUUAUCAAAACAUAAUUCGCAUGCAAAAAUGUGUUACCUUCAAUCAGGUAAAGGGUAUUUUUGGAUUUGGCGAUUCGGAUAUAAUUGGUAAAAUUGGUUUCCCCGCUGUACAAGCUGCACCAGCCCUUUCGAGUACAUUUCCAUUUAUUUUUGGCAAUAGAAAAGUUCACUGCCUUAUACCGUGCGCCAUCGAUCAAGAUCCAUAUUUCCGUAUGUGCCGAGAUGUAGCACCACGUUUGGGUUACCCUAAGUGUGCCCUCAUCCAUUCGACAUUCUUCCCCGCCUUGCAAGGUGCUAAAUCGAAAAUGUCGGCCAGUGAACAAAAUUCGGCAGUAUUUUUAACCGAUACACCCAAACAGAUUAAGAAUAAAAUCAAUAAAUAUGCGUUUUCGGGUGGUCGUGUUACCGUCGAAGAACAUCGUAAAUUGGGUGGCAUUCCCGAUAUUGAUGUUGCCUAUCAGCUACUUAAAUUCUUUUUGGAAGAUGAUGCUAAACUGGAAGAGAUACGUUUGGCCUAUAGCAAGGGUGAAUUGUUGACUGGCGAAAUUAAGAAAAUUGCCAUUGAGACCGUGACACCCAUUGUGGAACAACAUCAAGCUGCUCGUAAAUUGGUGACUGAUGAAGUUUUACAGAAAUUUAUGGAAAUACGUCCCUUGAAGUUCGGUAAUGCAAGUUAAAUUAUUAUUAGCAC